GACUGUGUUGUCGCAAAAAUGGCGGCACUGCUGCUGCAAGAGUUGGAAGCUUCUGAGCUAUCUAAGAUACCGAAAACUAUUCAAAACAAACUCGAGAGGAUCCUUUCAGAUCAGCAGUAUGAAAUCGAUUCUUUGAAAGCGCAGCAGGAGCAAUUUCGUGUCGACAGCGAGCAACAUUUCUUCGAGAAAGUGAAACAACUCGCUCAAUGUCAGGAGGAGUUUUUGUCCCAGUCCCAAGAACAUCUCAAACUCCAAGAUGAGCUGAACAAGAUCGGUGAUGAACUCAAACAUGUACGUGAGAAAAACAGGGAAUAUGAAUCCACACAGGGGAGGUUGUCAUCAGAGCAGACUGUGCUGUCAAAGGCAAAAGAAGAUCUGGAGGCAGAAAAGCGAGAGCUUCUUCGAACGCUGGAAAGAAGGUCCUUGGAAGUGGAGCAUUUAAACGAUGACUUCAGGCAACUCAAUGACAAGAUGGUGGAAGUUAACGCCUCCAAGAUGGCCCUACAGAUGAAGUUAGAUGAACUUGAAGCAGCUGAAGUCAACAUCAAGUACAAAGAGAAGCGUAUGGAACAAGAGAAGGAGCUGCUGCAUGGACAGACGUCUUGGCUGAACGAGGAACUGAAGGCUAAGAGUGAGGAGCUGCUGUCCCAGUCCCGACAGAAGGGAAACCAGAUCCUGGAACUGAAGUGCACCCUGGAGGACAAGGCAGAUGAGUUAAGCAGACUCCAAGAUCAAGUGUGCAGUUUGAAAACAUCAAGUGAACAUCUUCAGAAACAAAAUGAAGACAUAAUCAGCAAACUCAAAGAAGCCAAAGAACAACAAGCGACCAUGGAGGAAAAGUUCAGAAAUGAGCUCAAUGCCAACAUCAAGCUUUCUAAUCUGUACAAGGGAGCAGCAGCAGAUUCUGAGGCAAAAAGUGAAGAGCUGAGUCGGGCAGUGGAGGAGCUGCAUAAGCUCCUGAAGGAGGCAGGAGAAGCCAACAAAGCCCUCGAAGAGAAGCUGCAAGAGAUGAAUGGUGCCACCGAUAAAAGUGUAGCUGAACUGAAGGAGAGGAUCCAGGCUCUUGAGAAAGAGCUGGACAAUGCCAAUGAGCUGCUGUCAAGUUCUAAACUCAGAGGCCCUGUGAGUACAGCGUCUCUGCUCACAGACGAGCAAAUGACAACAAUGUCUCCUACCGCAGCUGCUGUAUCCAAGAUAAAGCCCGGCAUGAAGCUCACAGAGCUGUACACAGCAUACCUGGAGAGCCAGGAGCAGCUGCAGUUAGAGCGAUUGGAGAACAAGCGGGUCAACAAAUACCUGGAUGACAUUGUGCAGGAAGUGGAAGCAAAGGCCCCUAUCCUCAAACGGCAAAGGGACGAACAUGAGCGCAUGCAGAAGUCAGUGGCCAGUCUUUCUGCCAAGCUGGAGCAGGCUGUAAAGGAGGUGCACCGUCUGCAGAAGAAUACUGAUGAAGCUAACAAGCGCUCGUCUGUUCUGGAAAGAGACAACCAGAGAUGUGAACUUCAGCUAGCAGACAUGGCACAGCAGGUGCGUGUGCUGCUGAUUGAGCUGGAAGAGGCUCGUGGAAACCAUGUUAUUCAUGAAGAGGAGGUGAACUCAGCUGACGUCAGCAGCACAUCAGAGGUGAUCAGCCAACACUUGGUGACUUUCCGCAGUGUGGAGGAGCUUCAGAAGCAGAAUCAGCGUCUUUUGGUGGCCCUCAGGGAGCUCAGUGACGCUCAGGAGAAAGAGGAGUUUGAAUUAACUGGCAAUAAACGUGGUGAACUGGAGCAAAGUUUUGGGAAAGCCCAGGCGGAGCUGGAUUCCCUGAAGGAGCAAAGAAGCAAACAGGUCCAGAUGACAGAGGCCAUCGUGAAGCAGAGGGACAUGUAUCGUGUGAUGCUGGCUCGGGCAACCGGAGUCAGCUUCCCUCAGCAAGGUACACCACCGGAGGAGUUCAUUAUGACUUCCACCCCCCGUCGCUCACCUGCAGCCAUUCCCACCGCAGGAACUCCCACUGAACUUGUGUCCAUGGCAACAGAGUCUACAGAAGCAUUGGAAGCCAAGGCAGCUUUGCGACAGUUACAGGAGGUGUUCUCCACUUAUAAGAAGGAGCGCAUGGACAGUGACAAAAAACUGACAGAGACGAAUGAAAAGCUCCAGGAGCAGCUCUCCGGUCUCCACUCCCAGAAUGCUAAGGUAGCCACCCAGCUGGAUUUUGCCUCCAAGAGGUAUGAGAUGCUGCAAGACAACGUUGAGGGCUACAGGAAAGAGAUUGCUUCUCUCAGGGAAAAGGAACAAAAGACGGCCGCUGCCUCACAGAUGCACGAGCAGACUAUCAACACUAUGAAAGAAGAUCUAAAAGCUGCCAAAGAGAGACUCUCCAUGGCCGAGGGCCGAGCUGAGAACCUUCGUAAGGAGAGAGACAUGCUGAAGCUGGUGGAGUCGAGGCUGAACCAGGAGAAAGAGUCAAUCUUGAGCCAACAACAAACCCAGAACCUGCUGCUGACCAACCUCCAGACCAUUCAGGCUACCCUUGAGCGGUCAGAGACUGAUACACGUCAGCGUCUAAACGACCAGUUGGAGAAGCAGGAACGAGAGAUCUCGCAGCUGCAGAAGCGGCUGGAGCACGAGGUGGAACAGCGCCACCUGCUCAGCAGAAACCAGGAGAUUCAGUUAAUGGAGACCAAAAGGCAGCUGGAGACACAGGCGGCUCUACACCAUAAGACCAAGGAGCUGCUGAAUGGUGCCGAGGUGGAGCUCAAAAACCUGAGGCUGCAGCAAGGAAGUGGGGAAUCACGUCACAUCAUGAGCUCGCCAUCCACACCCAUUAUCAGAGGCCUGCAGGGUUCAGAUCAAGACAGAGAGGAUCUACAGGGCCGUCUGCGGCUGGCUGAAACCCGGGCAGAGGAGCUUUCAGAGAGCCUCAGAUCAGUCACCUCCAGCAUGGAGCAGUAUCGAGCCAUGGCUCAGAGCCUGGAAGAGACCCUGGACAAAGAGAAACAGGUAACAGAGCAGGCACGCUCAACGAUUGAAGCUCGUAUGAAGGAGGCAGAGAAGCAGCACCGCAGCCUGGAGGAGAAGCUUGCAGAGGCAGAGAAACAGAAACAAGACUUAGGGGAGCAGAAGAAGAGAGCCCUUGCCUCCAUGGAGGAACAGAUGAACAAUCUAAGGAGAAGCCUCAGCAGUGCCAAGGCAGAUCACCAGGCGGCGCUACAGAGACUUGUAGUCGCUGAGGCUCAGCAGCAGCAAGCUCUAAAAGACAGUGAAGAGCAGGCUAAACUGGCAGCUGAAGCACAAGACAAGUACGAGCGGGAGAUGAUGAUGCAUGCCGCAGACGUGGAAGCCCUGCAGGCCGCUAAAGCUCAGGCCCAGCAGGCUGUCGAACUCAGACAUCAGCUGGAAGAGAGAGCACAGAGGACCAGUGCCGGACUCCUGGAGGCGAGAGUGUCCUGGGAAGAACAGGAGAAGAUCCUCAAGGAGGAGAUGUCCAAGAUCGGGAACAGGAAUGAGGAGUUGCAGAGGCAGAACACCCUCCUACAUGAACAGAUCCAGACAAUGAGCAGCAAGAUGGCUGACAAUUUACAACGUGCAGUUAAUGAGAGUCCGAUGAAUAUCUCCCUGUCUGAAGAGGGCAAAUCCCAGGACCAAGUCCUUGAGAUUCUCAGUUUUGUGCGGCGGGAGAAGGAAAUUGCAGAGUCUCGCUUUGAAGUUGCCCAAGGGGAGAGUUUGCGUUACCGUCUGAGGGUGGAGCACCUGGAGCGAGAGCUGAAGGAGUUACAGGACAGCUUGAGCGCAGCAAAGGAGAGGAUGCAGGUGACAGCAAAGACCUUGGCUCAGCAUGAUGAGCUGAUGAAAAAGACAGAAACCAUGAGCAUCUUGCUGGAGACCAACAAGAUGCUGAGAGAGGAAAAGGAUAAGUUGGAGCGAGAACUGCAGCAAACACAGGCUAAGGUACAAAAGUUGGAGUCUGACAGCGUACCACUACAGCAGGCCAACUCAGAGCUGAGCGAGAAGAGCGGCGUACUGCAGGCUGAGAAGAAGAUACUGGAAGAUGAAAUCAAGCGCUGGAAAGCUCGGGCCCAGCAUUUGGUGAGCCAGCAAAAAGAUUCAGAUCCAGAAGAGUACAAGCGGUUGCACUCUGAGAAGGAGGCACAUCUCAAACGCGUUCAGCAGCUCACUGAGGAGAAUGCAAGGCUUAAAGCAGAGGCUAACAGAUCCAAUAACCUGACCACUUCCCUUCAAAAUCAGCUACAGAACCUGCGUGACAACAUGAGUAAGAUAACAGAAGACAGGAAUAGUCUGAAGAAUGACGUUGAGUCAAAGAACCAGGAUAUUGCGGAGAAAAUGCGAACUAUCACCCAGGUCAAGAAGAUCGGGCGCCGCUACAAAGCUCAGUACGAUGAACUCAAAGUGGAACACGACAAGCUGGUAGCUGAGGCUGCAGCAGGUCCGUCCCAAGAAGAGGAAGCUCGUCAAGCUUCAGUUCAGGAGCUGCAGAGCCUCAAAAAUUCUCUGAGCCAGGCUGAAGCAAAAACCAAAGAGAUGGAAGGACAGCUGGAGAACAUCAACAAGGUGGUCACAGAGCGGGAGACUGAAGCACGUAAUGCCCAAGAACAAUCCUCAAGGCUGCAGACAGAGUUGACCCGGCUGAAGCAGGAGCUGCAGGACAAAGCUUCUCAGGAGGUCACACUGAGACAGCAGAUUACUGAGAAGGAAGAGAAGACCAAGAAGGCAUUUGUUUCUGCUAAGCAGAAGCUCAGUCAGCUCAUGAACACCAAAGAGCAGCUGCAGAAGGAAAACUGUGAUCUUAAACAACAGCGUGAUGAGCUCGAGCAGCGAUUAAGCGCUCUCAAGUCUCAGUAUGACGGCCUUCUGAAUCGACACGAGAGAGAAAUUAGAAACCUGCGAGGCCAGGAGCAGAGGGACGAGCAACCCGAGGCAGGACCCAGCAAGACCCAGGAGCAGCAGAGGAGCACAGAACAGAGACAGAUCAGUCUGAAGACCACCCCAGCUGGAGACAGGGGCAGUGCUAGCACAUCUGAGCCUCCAACUGCCAACAUAAAGCCAACACCUGUUGUGGCUACCGGCAGCAAGCAGCCUGUCAAUCCAGGAAACAAACCUACUCCAAGAGCAAGCAUCAGACCAAUGAUCACCCCAGCUCCUGUUCCCACCCCAACACCCACUGCGACUGUCAUGCCUACCACACAGGUGGAGUCGCAGGAAGCUAUGCAGUCUUCUGAAGGCCCACCUGUGGAGCAUGUGACGGUGUACGGCAGUGCCAGCGGCUCGGUGCGCUCAGCCAGCCCCAACGUCCAGACCGCUUUAGCCGGGCCCAUGCUAGCCAUGCAGCAGACACAGACACAGGCCACAGCAUUCGUCCAACCAACUCAGCAACAGAGCCUGACCCACCCGGAGCCAGCCAAUCAGGACCCACCGGCCAUGCUUAUUGAGGCAGCACCUACCUCGCAGGUGGAGUGGCCUUCAACGUCCUCCAGCUCCUCUGUGUUUGGGACUGUUUCAGCAACACCAGGGACCUCCUCCAUGUCCAAAAGGCCUCGUGAGGAGGAGGAGAGCUCCACCAUGGUCACUGACACAGAAACAACCCAGGAGGAUUCUUCAAGGGCUCCGAUACCAAAGAAGCUCCGCAUCAUCCAGAGAGUUGGUCCAGAGGAAGAGGUGCUGGUGGAGGAGAGUGCUGAGGCUGAAGGCGUGGUGCCAACAGACAGUCAGGACGGUGGAGAAGCAAGCCAGCAGACAGAGGAGUUUGCAACACUGGAGGAAGGAGAUGAUGUUGUAGCAUCCCAGUCCAUCCCCAUGGACCAAGAGGAUGAGGAAGUCAUCGUCAUAUUGACAGACUCAGAGAGCGAAGAAGACCAAGAAGAGGAGGAUGAAGAGGAAGAAGAGCAGGACUACGAGGAGGAGGAGGAGGAAGAUGAAGAGGAUGACGAGGAGGAAGAAGAUGAAGAGGAAGACGAGGAGGAUGAUGGAGAGAUGGGGGAGGAAGGGGAGGACAGUAACGAGGGGAGCGGAGACGGAAACGAGGCGUACGAAGGAGACGACACUGAGGGAGCCGAUGUAACAGACCCAGGCACAGAGACAGAGGAGAGUUUGGGGGCGUCUGACUCCACCCAGAGACCAGCAGAUUCCCAGACACCCAGCUUUGAGGGCAGUACUAUGGAGACUUUCUCUAUAGAACAACCAAUCACCAACUCUGGUACAAGGAUGCCCCAGUCACCACGGAGACCAACGCAUCAGCUGCCCCCUCGUCUGAACAUCCACCCUGCCCAGUCAUCUGAGCUGGGUCCACCUGCUCAGGUACAGCGGCUCCCCGUUCGUCGAGUCCCUCAGCUCACUCCUGGAGUGCAGAGCAGUGCUCAGCACUUCUGUGACGAUGAUGACAGGAUGGUUCCCAGCACUCCCACUCUGGUGGUGCACCGCUCCGAUGGUUUCGACCAGGCCAUCCAAUUUGUUGAAACUCCCAGCCAAAGACAGCUCUCAUCACAAGGAGGUCUUGGGCUGUAUGAAAGUCCUUUGUAUCUAGCUACUCAUGAGGAGGAGUCUGGUGGCCGCAGCGUUCCAACGACACCGUUACAAGUUGCAGCACCAGUAACUGUCUUCUCAGAGGCAGCUCAGUCUGACACCACAGAGCACGCCUCCCAGUCUGUUCCCAUGGUGAGCACUUCAACACCGGGCCUGGUUGUGCCGGGAGGAGCUGGCACAGGGGAGGAGAGGGAAGACAUCUUCAUGGAGCCUGACACUGAUAGACCCAGUGCAGAGGUGUCAGUGGAUGCUGUGGUCUCACAGGGAGAUGCAGAGGAAUCCGGCCAGACAUCUGACAAAUCCAGCCUCCCCUCCACCAGCCAGGAACCCUCAUCCAGCUCUGCAGACACAAGCAGUGCUCCACCUAAACCCUGUAGACCUGUAUCCAGCAGACAGCUGCAGCGCUGGCCAGAAAACCGUGGUGGGCGCAUGAAGAGAGGAGGGUUUCCUACUCGGUUCUCUCGAGGCUUCCACGGGAGACGAUUCCAGAGAUAAAGCAUUAAACAGAAAACUUGCCGACCAUGACUCAACAUGUCAUUCCAAUCAGAAAAUCAUUUCAAGUUUAGAUUCUGUUUUCAGAUUUUUACAAAUGUUUUCUUGCUCUGAAGCCUGUCCCCCCCCCCCCCCCCCCCUCCCUGUUCUUGUUUUAUUUUAUUUUUAUGUGCUUGAAAAGUACGUUUUGUAAUCAGUCCAUGCUGAAGCAUUGUGUUUUAUGAAGAAUUGAAUAAACUUUAAACCUACAAGAAAGUAUAUUUUCCAUCAAUCACAAUUUCUUUGGGCACUUGAAGACGUUGCUCUGGGGUGACGUGUUGGCUGCAGGAGCGGGAAUUUCAGGACGCCCAGUGUCCAUCCUCACUUUGUAGGAUUUGGCUGCAAAAGAAACAGAAUGAUUUGUUGAUUUAGCAUUUUAAUUUGCGAGUGGUAUUUAGAAUAUUCUUUUCAUCCAUGUCCGUGCCAGUUUCCAUUUUAGUAAAACUAAAUGUGUUGUCUUUACAGCCGGGCCUUCAGAGCUUUCAGGACAUUAACUUGGACAGCUCUUGGCUGCAGCAGGACAUACAUUUAAAGAGAUGCAGCUUUUCUGUGAUGACAUUAAAGACGAGACAUGAACCGUUUUCACACA